GCACCCUCCCCCUCUCGGCCCUGCCUGCGGAGGCCCGCCUUCCUCCCCGUCCCGAGCCCAGGGGCCGCCGCCGCCGCCGCAGCGUUGCGCCUCUCUCCGGGGGCCUCCCCAGGCGUGGGCCUCUGAAGCAACCAACAGCGUCCGGCGCUCCUGAGCUCCAGUGGGCGAGGGGCUGCGGGUUUCCUCCAGCUGGGGAGGAUCGAGAGCGGAGGCGGAGGCAGUUUCAGGCCUUAGGCCGGGCGGGCCGGGGCGGCUGAGACGCGGCCGUCAUUUGCCAUCCGGGGGGCGCGCGGCCCCCGUGGGACCUCGCCGGCGACCCGUAGCUUGGGCGCGCGCCCGUCGCACCCCGCAGGAAGGAGGGGUCCGGCCUGAGGCCCGGGGCGGCGGCCGCCAUGGAGAGCCCCUCUGCCCGGGGCUGGCGCCUGGGGCCUGGGGGGUGGCCCUGACCGCCCUCCUCCCUGCCCGGGCCGGACCGCGGCCCUGCCCCCCGCGGCGUUCGGCCACCUCUGCGUCUCCGCCCUCCCCGGGCCGCGCUGCUGCCUGGGCGCGGCGGCGGCGGCGGCGCCCUGUUGAAUGGGCUGUGAGGGCCCGGGUUUGAAGCGCUGGCGAACGCGGCCUCCAGGGGCGCAAGGCGGCAGCAGCGGUGGCGACCAAACGGGUGUUGGAGUUGGCGGCGGCCAUGGAGGGCCUGGCCGGCUAUGUAUACAAGGCGGCCAGCGAGGGCAAGGUGCUGACUCUGGCCGCCUUGCUUCUCAACCGGUCUGAAAGCGACAUCCGCUAUCUGCUCGGCUAUGUCAGCCAGCAGGGAGGGCAGCGCUCCACGCCCCUCAUCAUUGCAGCCCGCAAUGGGCACGCCAAGGUGGUGCGCUUGCUGCUAGAACAUUACCGGGUGCAGACUCAGCAGACUGGCACCGUCCGCUUCGACGGGUAUGUCAUUGAUGGUGCCACUGCUCUUUGGUGUGCAGCAGGAGCAGGGCAUUUUGAAGUUGUUAAGCUUCUAGUCAGUCAUGGAGCCAACGUGAACCAUACUACAGUAACUAACUCGACCCCUCUGCGGGCAGCAUGCUUUGAUGGCAGAUUGGACAUUGUGAAAUAUUUGGUUGAAAAUAAUGCCAACAUCAGCAUUGCCAAUAAGUAUGACAACACCUGCCUAAUGAUUGCAGCAUAUAAGGGACACACUGAUGUGGUCAGAUACCUUUUAGAACAACGUGCUGAUCCAAAUGCUAAAGCACAUUGUGGGGCCACAGCAUUGCACUUUGCAGCUGAAGCUGGGCACAUAGAUAUUGUGAAAGAGCUGAUAAAGUGGCGUGCUGCUAUAGUAGUGAACGGCCAUGGGAUGACGCCAUUAAAAGUAGCUGCGGAAAGCUGUAAAGCUGAUGUUGUCGAACUGUUGCUCUCUCACGCUGAUUGUGACCGAAGAAGUCGGAUUGAAGCUUUGGAGCUCUUGGGUGCCUCCUUUGCAAAUGACCGUGAGAACUAUGACAUCAUGAAGACAUACCACUAUUUAUAUUUAGCUAUGUUGGAGAGGUUUCAAGAUGGCGAUAACAUUCUUGAGAAAGAGGUUCUCCCACCGAUCCAUGCUUAUGGGAAUAGAACUGAAUGUAGAAAUCCUCAGGAACUGGAAUCCAUUCGGCAAGACAGAGAUGCUCUUCAUAUGGAAGGCCUUAUAGUUCGGGAACGGAUUUUAGGUGCCGACAACAUUGAUGUUUCCCAUCCCAUCAUUUACAGGGGAGCUGUUUAUGCAGAUAACAUGGAAUUUGAACAGUGUAUCAAGUUGUGGCUUCAUGCCCUGCACCUCAGACAGAAAGGUAACAGGAAUACCCAUAAGGAUCUUCUUCGAUUUGCCCAAGUUUUUUCACAGAUGAUACAUUUGAAUGAAACUGUGAAGGCCCCAGACAUCGAAUGUGUUUUGAGAUGCAGUGUUUUGGAAAUAGAACAAAGUAUGAACAGAGUAAAAAAUAUUCCAGAUGCUGACGUCCACAGUGCCAUGGACAAUUAUGAGUGUAAUCUCUAUACCUUUCUGUAUUUAGUGUGCAUCUCCACCAAAACACAGUGCAGCGAAGAAGAUCAGUGCAAAAUUAACAAGCAGAUCUACAACCUGAUUCACCUCGAUCCCAGAACUCGUGAAGGUUUCACCUUGCUGCAUCUAGCUGUCAACUCGAAUACCCCAGUUGAUGAUUUCCACACCAAUGAUGUCUGCAGCUUUCCAAAUGCGCUUGUCACAAAGCUCCUGCUGGACUGUGGUGCCGAGGUGAAUGCUGUGGACAAUGAAGGGAACAGUGCCCUUCACAUUAUUGUUCAGUACAACAGGCCCAUCAGUGAUUUUUUGACCUUGCACUCUAUCAUCAUUAGCCUAGUUGAAGCUGGCGCUCACACUGACAUGACAAAUAAACAGAAUAAGACGCCGCUAGACAAAAGUACAACUGGGGUAUCAGAAAUACUGCUUAAAACUCAAAUGAAGAUGAGUCUCAAGUGCCUGGCUGCCCGGGCAGUUCGGGCUAAUGACAUUAACUACCAAGACCAGAUCCCCAGAACUCUUGAAGAGUUUGUUGGAUUUCAUUAAGUGACUGGAUAUGUAAAAUCGUUUAAUGUGGUGCUAAAAAGUAAAGGACUUUAAUCACAGACAAUAGAAUUAUGUGUUCAUAAAUCCUACUUUUCUUUCCACUACCCUUCCUCCCUACUCAUCCUUCCUUAGUUUUGUAUUUGGUCUUGCCUCAUUUGGUUAUUGAUUUCAAAUACACUUUACACAAAACCA